GGAAGGCCAUUAGAUGCUGAACAUGGAGAAGGCGAAGGAAUUGCUGCAAGCCACCCCUGAAGAAUCGCAAUCUCUGUCGCAACACCUUCCUCCCCUCACAUCUGACACAAAAUUGUGUUUCUACGAGCAAUUUAUCCUCAGAGGCAUCCAAGUGGAUCGAGUCGAACCCGGUCUCGUCGUUUGUACCUUCAAAGUCCCUCCUCGCUUCACCGACAGAACUGGGAAGUUGGCUAAGGGUGCAGUAGCCAACCUUGUGGAUGAAGUUGGAGGUGCCGUAGCUCAUUCGGAAGGUCACCCCAUGAAUGUUUCAGUUGACAUGUCCAUUUCUUAUCUUUCAACUGCCCAUGUUAAUGAUGAACUAGAGAUUACUUCUAGGCUCUUGGGACGGAAAGGAGGUUAUUCUGGAACAAUAGUUCACCUCAGAAACAAAGCAACUGGAGAAUUAAUAGCAGAAGGUCGCCAUUCACUAUUCGGGAGACAUGCAAGCAAAAUGUAGUUCUUUCAUGGUGUAUGUGUAUGAAUCUGGUAAAUGACUAAAUGUAUGUCUAUGUAUUUGUUUCUUGGGUAUGUUCUCAAAGGACAUAGAGAGGGGCUUUUGUGCACCGAAUUUAAAAAAAUAGAAAUUCUCUCCUUUUGAAUUACGGGUUUCUUCAGUUACUUUGGGCACAAGCAUAUAAUUAAAUUAUUGCGAACCUGCUUUAUAGGGAGUUUGAGGUGAGCCCUGUUGUCUGUAUACUCUAUAGCUUAAAUAAUAUAAAUUCUUUCAGAUUUUGUUUGUA